AUGAACGCUAAUCAGCAAAUACUCCAGGAUCCUUUGGGAUCGAUUGUGAUGCCGCAAUUCCAAUCAAUGUCACUAAGUGGAACGUCAACUCCAUUGCUGGACUCUGGCUCGAUACCAUUGCAAAAAUCGGGAUCACUCUUGAAUAACAUAGGUAUUCAGAGGGCUCAUUCUCCGUUUGUCAAUGGAAAUGGGGCCAUAGGAGAUCCUAUGUAUGUUGGCCAGCAGCCUGCUCAACAGACUCCUCAUCAGGCGUCGGUUGGGCUGCGAGAUACUCCGUCUUCGUCUUCUGCCACUAUCAAUUGGUCUCAGAGGGCACCUGGGAACUCUUCUCUUUUCGGGCUGUCGAGCGGAGACUCUUUUACUCCAAUUGGAUCAAGUAAUCAACAGCAAUCGUCCUCUGCACCGCCAUUACCUCCAGGUGUAUUCUCUGCGCAGCCACAGCUGGUUGUGGUUGAGUCUCAAUGGAAAUACGUUGAUUUCCAAGGGAUGAUUCAGGGCCCCUUCCCGUCGCAAUCUAUGACAAAUUGGUACCAGGCAGGAUAUCUUCAGGCCUCUCUCCAAAUAAUGCGUGUGGCGUCGACUCCAGAGCCAUUCGGGGUGAACGACACUUUUGGGUCUCUGGGAGAUCUGAUGGCUACAGUUGGCGACUUUACCGAUCCUUUUUCAAAGUUUGAUAUCAUUGUGACCCAAACUCAGGCGCAAACACCCCUUCAGCACCCGGGUAGUACUUUGCCGCCGGUUGCUGAUGAGCAAAGUAAUGUGUUUGAGUCCCUGUCCGGCGUGCUAGUGGACUCUAAGGUACCUUUUGCCGACCACGCUAUCACGGUUGAUGGCUCUUCGAACGCCUGCCAUGCACCAAACGUGGAGUCUCAGGACUACACACACGGUCAAUUACUUCAAUUGCGUGAUGAUGACGGUGGGUUUUAUCAGGAGACAAUCUCUCAAAUCCCUAUUGACAAAUUUGUAGAGAGUGAUGCAGCCGUUCUGAAAAGUCUCGAUACUUCUAGUUUCAAAACCAGGCUGGUUGAUCAAGACGCUGUACAGAGAAGACGUGAGUUCGAACUAGCUAGUAAGCAGCGUAAGGAUCAAGAGAAAGCCCAGAAGCAAGAGGCUUUGCUGCAGCAGCAUAUCGCCGAGAGUGCAGCCGCUAUGGAGCUGCAGAAAAGACGCCAACAAGAGGCAGAGAUAAUGGCGAAGCAAAAACAGCAACAUUUGGAGGCGGAAGGGAUUGCAAAACAGAGACAAAGACAAUUACAUGAGGAUAAUGAGCGCAGAAAACAAGCUAAUGAGCUGGCGCGCAAUAUGCUGCUAGAAGAAGAAGCCAGACUUGCGCGUGAGCAGCAAGAGGUAGAGGAUCUCAAUAAGCGGGAAGAGGUGGAGAAAUUGCGUAAAGAAAGCUCGACUCCUAGCGGCUCAAGUCAAAGUUUGUUAUCGGCCAAGCCAGCGCCAUGGGCCAACAAAACAAAAUCUGCUAUCGCUGUUCCAUCUUUAGCUGAUGUCCAACAAAAGGAAGCUGCACAAAGAGCCAAGCGUAAGCAAGCUCAAGAGCAACAAACCCGUGAACUGGCUGCCAAAUUACAGCAGCAAGUUUUGAAUGAAGAGAGUCAGCGGCCGAGAAUUGAUUCGAUUGCCACUUGGGCAAGCAAAAAAGACCUCUCUCCCGCCUUAGACGGGCCAAAAGCGCCUGUAAAGACCAUUGAACAAAUCCAGAAAGAUCAACUAGAACAGAAAAAGUUUUUAGAGGAGCAGAAAAAACUCUGGGAAGAAGCUCAAAAAAGUGCAAAGGUUAGCCCUCCUAAUUUGAAUAGUGGCGGAAACGAAUGGACCACAGUGACAAAGAAGCAACCCGCUUUAACCAAGACAGGCAGUGCGAAGCAUUUAAACCAAAGUCAAACAUUCCUAAGCCCGGAAAAGUUGAGGUCAAUGAGCGCCACGUCGAGCAAACAAAUCGGGUCCUCUACUAGCAUCCCAACUCUAAAAGCCAAAGCUAUGUCCAGAACCCCUUCCGCAUAUACGGGCAAUGCGUCUACGUCUCUUCGUCAGGAAUUUUUGAAGUGGUGCAAAUCGCAAAUGAAAUUAUCUCCCGAAGUGGACGCAAACGGUGUUCUAGAGGUAUUAUUCAGUUUACCAGCUGGCCCUGAGUCCAAGGAAAUAAUUGCCGAUACCAUUUAUUCUAAUAGUGUGUCCAUGGAUGGAAGGAGAUUUGCGGGUGAAUUCAUAAAGCGUCGUGUUGAAUGCGAGAGUAAGCUCACUGAUUCAUUAACAUGGAGUGAAGCACUCACCAUGCCAAAGGGUGACGUUGAUGACUGGGAAUUCCAAGUUGUAGGGAAGAAGAAAAACAGAAAGCACUAG